GGAAUAAAUUGGUGGAGAGUGAUGGAAGAGAAAAAGUAAAAUGGACCAAACGGCCAAGAAAAGUGCACUAUCAGUAUCAAUAUCAACUCUUGUGUUCCUCCUCAACUGUAUUUCUCGUGACCACAAGGCAAGCAAUGAGCUUUUACGAAAAAGAAAAGUCCAAAACAGAGAGCGCGUGAAAAAUUCAAUUGAAACCUCCAUCAUCGGCGUAAAGCAACAAAGAUCCAUGCUCACAAAUUUCCCCUAACUACACGCCAUCAUUUAUGCACACUCUCUCUUUCUUAUCUCUUCCAUUUACUGCCUUAAUUUGGUAGUUAGAUUUUAUUCUCGUAGUUCUUGUUUGUUGGGCACGCAAUGGAGGAACGAAAACUCAAUUUUAAUGCUCCACUCAUGUCUGUGAGGCGAUUUUCCAAGGCAGCUAGUUCUAUAUAUAAAGCGAAUGAGAAGAAAUCUGAAAAUUCCCAUUUUAGUAGACGGAGUACCUUUCCGGUUUCUAGACCACAAUUCAAUUUAGAUCAAGUUACAGAACCAGUUGCAGUUCCUUUCUACUGGGAGCAGAUUCCAGGAAGAGCCAAGAAUGAUAGCGGCUCGGCCUCACCUGAGGUUCAGCUGCCUCACCCGCCUGAGAGGACUUGUUCUACUCCGAGGCUUUCCUUUGGGACGGCUUUGGAUGCUAACAAAUAUAGUUCAGAAAUGGAAGCUUGUCAUCAAGAUGGGUGUGAAUCAUCUUCUUCUAAUGCCAUUGUUGUUAGAUUAGAGUCAGCAAAAGCUAGCGGUGCGAGGAGCUUGGCAUCUGAGAAUGAUGACGGUGACGACGACGAUUUCUCUGAUGCACGUGAGACAUUGUCCCUCACUGGUUCAUUCUCUGUUAACAAUUGUAGUGUUAGUGGUAUAAGUGGAUACAAUGGCCCCAUGGUGAAACCGUCAGGAACUUUCCGAACGGAUCCUCAAACUCGAGAUUUCAUGAUGAGUCGCUUCUUGCCUGCAGCCAAGGCAAUGGUUUUGGAGCCUGCUAAGUAUUCCUUAAAGAAGAAACUUGUAGCAGUUGAGCAACCUAGACAAGUUAAGAAGGUUGAGAAUAGGAGGAUGUCUCCUAUUAAACGACUUGAUUCUACCUUGUUACUACAGUAUGGAAAAGAUGAAGUACAUGGAGUAGAUGAAGUAGAUGAAGAAAGUGACUCUGUGGAUGAUGAAUAUGAUAAUUCAGGUAAUAUAUCAGCUAGAGGUUGUGGUCUAAUACCCAAUCUAUGCUUCAAAAACUCUUUGGGCCUUCUUAAUCCUGUGCCUGGAAUGAGAAUCAGGACCGAGGCACCCAUGUCUGUCACUAAGAAAGUUGGGGAAUCAAGUAGAACACUGCACCAUCCAUACGGCCAAAAGACGAACAAGCAUGCUUGGGAUACUACUUACAAGCAAAAAUCAGAAGCUGCUGUUGGUUCACAUAAGCUGUUGGAGGUGAAAGAUAAGUGGACUGGUGAAUCGAAACAUUUUUCUUCCUCCACCGACCUGCAAAUGAAAGGUAGGUCUUCUCCUUUCAGGCAUUCGAGGGCCGCUUCUCCCUUCCGGAAUGAAGCAUCACAGUCUCCUUGUAGAAGGCAGCCAUUUGUAGUUCCUAAAGAAGUUGACACUAUCUCCAAAUCUAAAGGUGAUAUUGACUUUCACGAUACACCAUCCAUUCAAGCAAAUAAAGAUGGGGUUGACAUGGCAAGUUUCCUGAUGGAGAAGACACUCUACAUAGAUACUGCGAGUGUUACUGAAACAAAUCCUCCAUUUAAUUCCGCCAUUUCCGAUGACGAGAAGAAAUUGGAAUAUCCUAAUGGGAAGGAUGAGGCAGCAUGUGAAAUGAGAGUGAUGGAAGAAAGUACCACUGAGGAACCUUCAUUCCUAGAAAUAAAAUGUUUGACUAUGGUUGAAGAAGGGAGGCUGGAGCGUGAAGCUGCAGAAUCUAAAAGUAAAGAUGCUAUUGAUUAUUGCCCCAUAGUAGGACAUGGACUUUAUGAAGAAGAUCACACUGAAUAUACUAAUUCGGGUACUGCUGAUGAAGAAGAUUACUCCAAGGCCAAUUAUCAGCUGGUCAAAGUUGAAGAUCCAGCUAUUGUCAAAGUAACUUCUUCAAUAUCUUCUCAACCUCCCCCUCUACCGAAGUCUCCUUCCGAGUCUUGGCUCUGGCGUACUCUGCCUUCAGUUUCGUCGAAAAAGUUACUAGCAGGAUCAAAUCUUGGAAACAAGUUGUAUCAAAAACCGCAGAGCCCUAGAAUAUCAGCUAGUACCAAAUGGGAAACCAUUGUAAAAUCUUCGAAUUUGCGUCACGAUCAUGUUCGCUACUCUGAGGAAUUAAUUCCUCGUGUUUCUCAGCACUCAACAACAGAAAAUUUCAAGUAGUUCUCUGCAACACUCAGGUGGAUUGAUUGAUUGGCUUUGUGUGAAAGUUUAUACAUCAGAAUGGUUUUUAAAUUUCUUAUAGAAUCUUUUUCCCCUUCCUUUCCUCUAAAAAUUUUGAAUAACUUGAGAGGAUUUGAGCUGCCCUUUUCCUUUUAUGUCUUCUGAUAUUUAUGUGAAGACAUGUACGGGUGUAGCCGAGGAAAUACUCCUAUUCAUAUUCAUAGAAUGAAUUCUGUAUAAUGCAGCCUAGGAAUCAAUAUAGUUGUGAGGUAAUUGCACUGUAUAUUUGAAGUCAUAUAUGUGAAUGAAAGUUUGUUCAUAAAUUGUAGUUUAA